GUACAAAAAGAGGGACGCCAUUUGCUGCUCAAACCGCAGCAGGACAUGCUAUUCGUGCAGUAGUAGAUCAAGGUAUGCAACGAGCAGAAGUCAUGAUUAAAGGUCCCGGUCUCGGAAGAGACGCAACAUUACGAGCUAUUCGCAGAAGUGGUAUACUAUUAACUUUCGUACGGGAUGUAACCCCUAUGCCACAUAAUGGUUGUAGACCCCCGAAAAAAAUACGUGUGUAGAAAUAAAAAUUGAAGAUAUUUCAAUAGCAAGAGAAACAAAGGAAGAGAAACAAGAGAAAUAAAUGAUUCAAUGAUCUGAUCAAAUAAUAUUAUUAUGGUUCGAGAGAAAAUAACUGUAUCUACUCGGACACUACAGUGGAAGUGUGUUGAAUCAGCAGCAGACAUUAAACGUCUUCUUUAUGGGUGCUUUAUUCUGUCUCCGCUUAUGAAAGGUCAAGCAGACACAAUAGGCAUUGCUAUGCGAAGAGCUUUGCUUGGAGAAAUCAAAGGAACAUGUAUCACAUGCGCAAAAUCUGAGAAAAUAUCACACGAAUAUUCUACCAUAAUGGGUAUUCAAGAAUCAGUACAUGAAAUUUUAAUGAAUUUAAAAGAAAUCGUAUUGAGAAGUAAUCUCUAUGGAACUUGUGAGGCGUCUAUUUGUGUCAGGGGCCCCGGAUAUGUAACUGCUCAAGAUAUCAUCUUACCGCCUUAUGUAGAAAUCCUCGAUAAUACACAGCAUAUAGCUAGCUUGACGGAACCCAUUGAGUUGGUUAUUGGAUUACAGAUCGAGAAGAAUCGCAGAUAUCUUAUAAAAGCGCCAAAUACCUAUCAAGAUGGAAGUUAUCCUAUAGAUCCUGUAUUCAUGCCUGUUCGAAAUGCGAAUCAUAGUAUUCAUUCUUAUGAAAAUGGUAACAAAGAGAUACUAUUUCUCGAAAUAUGGACAAAUGGAAGUUUUGCGAGCAAGCUAGCUUGCUGA